AUGUCCAACCGAAUCACCUUGAUCAAAUUUCUUCUCCUGGGAUUCUCUGACAUUUGGGAGCUGCAGAUUUUGCGCUUUGUGAUGUUCCCGGUGAUUUACCUGGCAGCCCUGAUCGGGAAUCUUCUAAUCAUCACAGCCAUAGCCCUCGAUGACUAUCUCCACAUCCCCAUGUAUUUCUUCCUGGUGAAUCUGUCCAUUAUAGACCUUUGCUCCAUCUCUGUCAACAUCCCCAAAUCCAUGGCCAAUUCCCUCAUCAACACCAGAUUGCUUUCUUAUCUUGGAUGUGUCACCCAGGUUUUUCUCUUUUUAGUAUUCACUGCAGCUGCUCUUGCCUUACUCACUGUCAUGUCAUAUGACCGAUAUGUCACCAUCUGUCAAUCACUGAACUACAAGAGAGUGAUAAACAGGAGAGCGUGUGUCCAAAUGGCAGCCAGUGCCUGGACUACUAGCAUUGUUACUCUGCCCUGCACACUGGGAACACCUUCACGUUACCAUUCUGCCAAUUCAGUGUCAUCAGCCAGUUCUUCUAUCUUCAAAACUGUGCUGAGAAUACCCUCUGAGCCAGGCCAGCUUAAAGUCUUCUCCGCCUGCCUCCCUCACCUCACUGUGACCUCUUUGUUUCUUUGCACUGGCAUCUUUGUGUACCUGAAACCCAUCUCCAGCUUCACAUCAAAUAUGGAUCUCAUGAUGAGUGUUCUCUAUGCUCUGGUGCCUCCAGUGAUUAAUCUGAUCAUCUAUAGCAUGAGGAACAACAAGAUCAAAGCUGCAUUAAAGGAACUGAUUGUGUAG